UGGACUUGGCACUGUGUAUGCGCAGGAAUGAGUAAGGCUACACUAUUGAAAAGCCUUAAGGAGCCCGAGUUUUAUAAGCGGGAGGAGAUGCCAGCAGAUGCUGUUGGAGUUCAGACGCUCUUGCACCGUCUGUGCACAUAUUGCCGGAACUCCGGAACUGAGCCUGUCAUCCUGUGUCCCCCCAGACCCACUGAAACUCGGUCUACACAGGACGAGCCUCCACAUCCCUGCCCACGGCUGUGGUGAGAGUGUGCAGACAGCCCCGCGCACGAUGAGAUGUGACACUGUUGGCUUCCUCCGGCUCUUGCAGGUCCUCACCCAGGCAGUGGUUGCUUCUCCACUUUGGGCAUUCUCAAUCCCCAUGGAGCCAAAACUGUAACCAUGGCGACACGGGUCGAGGUUGGUGCCCUAACUUCCCUGACGGGGGUGCCAGGCCUCAGCGAGAUCGCCAAGGAGGAAACUCUGAAGCGGACGUACUUCUGCCAGGCGGGCGACGCCCCUGGGGCUCCCUCAGCACGGAUUCUGGACGGAAAAAGCCCCCUCAGGGGCCCGGCCCACUUAUUCCCGCUGCCAAGACUCGCCCCCAAACCCUUCUCCAGGGAGAAGGUCCCAGACCCAACGUCGCCCGUCGCCUCUUCGUGGCCCAACCCGACCCAGCCGGCUACUCUCGGCGGGUUCUCCAAGGCCGCGGUGGCCUCAGAAGUGGAUGAGAGGAUGCCCACCCCGCUGGGGCAGGAGGUGGGCGGCACGGCGGGCCCACAGAGAGGCCCUUCUCUCUUCAACAAGGCCGCGUUCCUACGGCCCAGCCCCAACUCCACGAUUCUCUUUGAAACCACCAAAACUGGCCCCACCCUGGAGAAAGGGGGCACCAAGGGGGCACCGGAGAACAAACCGAGCGGAUCCCAGGAGCCGCCUUCGGGCUCCCAGCCUGAGGUGGCCGCCAAGCCUGCCCUGCCCAGCCACAAGCCUGCGGGGACCCUCCCCCGGCCGGCCUCCCUGUCCCAGGAGACGAGGCCCGCGGCCACCCUGGAGAAGAGAGGCCAGCCCGGGCCCCUCCCAAAGGCCAGCAGCGUGGAGGGCACGGCUGGCCCCACUCUGGAGCCCAGGCCUCGCCCGAGGAGAAGGCCCGUGUCUGCCAUCUUCACUGACUCCCUUCAGCUUCAGAGGCCAGCCCCAGGCGGAGCAGCCGUGGCGGGGAAAGCGCCUCCCACCCCUCCCGAGAAGACAUGGGUGAGGAAAGCCAGGCCUCUGUCCAUGGACCUCACCGCCCGGUUUGAGAGCCAAGAGGCCCUGCUGAAGAUGGCAGCCAAUGAGGGACACAGGGCGGCAGCCGUUUCUGCCGACCAACCCCGGGGUGCAGAGAGGUCUGACUUGGAGUCCAAAGUAGACAACGGGGAGUGUCGGGACAAAGCAGAAGCUCCCCGUCUGGAUCCAGAUGCAGACUUCCUGGAGAGGGCCAAGAAAAUCGAGGAACGGAAGGAGAAGGUGCUUUCCAAGCAGUGGGAGACGGGCAGCCCUGGAACACUGGGGGGCUCAGCCAGGCUUGCCCCCAAAGGUGGCCCGAGUCCUUGGGAAGAGAGGGCCAGUCUGGACGGGGAGCCCGAGCCGUUGCCCGAGCCCCCUUCGCCCCAAUCCAGAAAAGGCCAAGAGUUUGCUGAGGUCAAGAGUGGUGUGGCCUGGGGAGACUGGGCCUCCAGGGGAAGCGUCCAGAAGCGCAUCAGCCUGUUUGGGGAGGCGAGUGCCUCGGCCAUGACAGUGGGCUCCGAAGCCCCGCUGGCUGCCCCCGAGGCCCCCGAAGCACCCCCUGAGCCCGAGAAAGGGGGCGUGCGUGUCCAGGAGCGGAUCAGAGGCUGGGCUGGUGAGAUCCCCGAGGUGAAGCCAGAAAUCAGGAGGCGAAUGUUCCAGGCAAGGCCGCUGUCGGCGGAUUUGACCAAACUGUUUUCCGGUCGUGACUCAAGCAAUGAAGUCAAAUUUGAGAAGUGUUCUGAGCUUCUCAAGGAGCUUCCCAAGGAACCCAGAGGAAAGGAAAAGGAAGAGCGUGAUGUGGAUGGAGCAGCUGUGCCAAGAAGCCCCUGGACACGCCGUGAGACAGCCAGACAGAUGGAGCAGAAAGACAGCUCCAACCAGGACAACUGUCAGGGUGAAAACUUGGCGGGGGCUCCGGGCCCCGGUGACGUCACUCCGGAGGGUGAUGGAAACGUCCAGACCGUGUGGGCCAUGGUGUUUGAGCAUCACGUGGAGAGACACUCAGUGGCCGACCAGGCUGGCCGCUGUCCCCCGGCUACCCCCCUGGGUGACGUGGCUGGUGCCCACAUCUCAGAGCCUAAACCCAGGCCCAAGAGAGGUUCCCGGCCGGGGAAGUUCCCGCCGGAAAAGGCAAACCUCACGAAGGAGAACCCCAGGUGGUUUGAAAAUCCCGAGACAGAGAACCUGGGACGAAUAGCCCUUUUGAACGGUGAGCCAAAACGGCAUCACACACCCCUCCCGGAAAAUUAUGCUUUGGGUGAAAAAUGCAGUAAUCCCUUCCUCAAGACCUCGGAAAAGCCUCCCACUUUCCAAAGGAUCGAGGCCAAGUACGACAUAGUACACGCAGUGGGGGAGCGCGCGCACAGUGAGGCCAUCUCCACGGCCACAGAGGAGAAGGCUGUGGCUCUCCGAAGCAGCAAGCCUCGGCUCUCGUGGAGGGAGAGGCAACUGUCCCAAGAGGUCACUGCUGACCCCAAGCGCAGUCUGGAAGGUCUAGUGGGGUCCGUCCACAGGGCCAGUUUGAUUUGGGAAGCCCGAGGGACCCACGAGGCCAGCGGGUCAAAGCCUGACUUUAGAGAACCUAAGGAUGUGUCUGGGGGCAACUGCCCGUCGCCCAAGUGGACAGGUGGGGCGUCGAUGAGCUGGAAUAAGGUGGCCGCGGCGGUCAGUGAAGAGAAAGGCUUGGAGGCGAGCCCCAUGGCGGCCAAGAGGUGCUCGUCCAGGCCCAGUGCCCCCGAGGUUUCCCCUUGGAGGGCUGCGAAAGCCACUGUCCAGCAGGAGGGAGCCGGAAACAAACCGGGAGGCAGCAUUUCAGUGGAAGAAAGGGGUGCAUCUGGGGGGCACUCUCUGAAUCCCUCUUCCAGGGCUAAGGACGAGCCCUUUGACUUCCGGGCAGGAGCGCAUCCUGGGGCGUUUUCUGUGCUGAAAGGCACCCCUGGUGAGGGUGAGCCAAUGCCAGCUCGGGCGCCGGCACCUGAGGUGAAAAUGCAGAAAGGGAGCCACUCAGACCCGAGAACGGAGAGGUGGAGGCGUCGGACUUUACCCCACGACGUCAAGUUUGAUGAAUUCAGCUUCCUCACCCCAGAAAACUCUCAGAAGGCGGAGCAGAGACAAACGGAUUAUUUGACCCCAAUGGCCAGUUCCUUUAAAAGAACUCCUCAACCAUCCCAGGAGGUGAGCCCAGGUGUCCCACAGGACCAGACUUUUGUAGCCGUAAAGCAAGGGUCCUCUGCGGAGCCCAAGGCGACGUUUUUUGCGGUGACGUAUCAGAUUCCUGACACCCAAAAAGCAAAGCGCGUUGUUAAGUCAGGGCCUGGGAAUUUGAUGGAACAUUCUAGAAAAACAGCUCCCCCUCCAUCUCCUCAUUCUUUGGCAUCGACUGUGGUGUCUCUGAACCAUGAAAAGCCACCGGAGACUGUGGGCAGUAAAAACCGGGCUAAGGACAGAGAGCGUGAAAACGUAAGCAUUUCAAAAAAACUGAAGCCAACCAACCGUCCGUUAUCGCUUGGGGUUGGGAUUCUGGACCCUUCUAGCGAAAGAAUCAUCGAUGUCAACGCCUUGUGGAUCCAUCGGGGAUCGGAAGACGUCACUGGUUUUCAGAACGGACGGAAGGACAGUGGGAUCAAUCUGUCCCCCAGCAACCCUCCUCAAACUACCCCGACUUUCAAAAGUCACCCGAAAGCCAGUGAUCUCCUCAUCAGAAGGAAGGCCAAUGUGGUCAGCGAGACGUUCCCGGGUAAAAUGAAAGAUGGCUACAGAUCCAGCGUUCUGGAUAUCGACGCAUUGAUGGUGGAGUACGGUGAGCAGUCGGUGAAAGGGCCCGGGGUGGAGGCAGGGCACAGCAGCUCGCCUCCUGAGAGGUCAGGCCAGCCAGGCAGGGUGGAACGGUGUAGAAGGAGCCUGAAAGAGGCACCCCAAGGAGAGGAUCUUCAGAAACAAGCCGGUUUUGUGGACACGAAUCACAGUUCCCUCCUCAGCUCAAGCCAGCCCCCGGCAGAGUCCCCGGGACCAAUCACGGACACCAAAUUUAACCCACCUCUGUGGGAUCUGCCACACUCAGCUCCUGAAAAAUAUCCAGGGGCCUCUCCUGGCCCCGUGGGUCCCAGGAAAAUCUUCUCGGGAAUCAUCGAGGAUGAAAAGAGGACCUUUGUUAGUAAACAUCACGCCUCAAAAUGUCAGAAUCGCCCUGCCGAGUCGAAGCCCGUGAGUCAGGAUGCUCCAGGCAGUGGGGUCAGUGUGUCACCCAGAUCGCCCCCUGCUGAGUGGAAGAAAGGGACCCCAUGGAAAGCCUCUGGGACGGGAGAUGCGGGCAGUGUGGCCCCGUGGGGAGACUAUGCAUGUAACCCUGGAAGGUCGAUGCAGGAUGUCAAGAGGGCCUAUUCUGAGAAGGGACCCCCUGCCAAAAUCCGAGAGGGCCUGUCCGUCAUGCAGGAGGCCAGAGAGAGGAGGCGAGAGCAGCCCAAUGGGAGGCCCAGCCUCUCUGGAGAGAGUCUGGAGACCAAGAAGGGGUCCUGUCAGCAGGAUGCGGGGACUCGAGGCAGCCACAAGGUACUGCCACGGGAUCUGGGGCAAGAGGGUGUCCUCCAGGGCACUGAGCAGCUGCCCCUGGGCCCCCGUAGGAGCCACAGCUUCUGCAAGGACAAGAGGAGUGGACUCUUUGUGGACCAGCUGAAGCAGUGUUUCUCCAGGCGGCCCCCCGAGGCCAGGGACACCGACACCCUCGUGCAGGAAGCCGACAGCCAGUAUGGGACCUGGACAGAGCAGCGCCAGAGUGGCGAGAGCUUGGCUCCUGAGUCCCCAUCUCCAGAGAGCAGUGCCGCGUCAGCGCGGAGGCAGCACCCCAACAGCCGCCUGUCCUCCCUGUCCUCCCAAACUGAGCCCACCUCAGCCGGGGGCCAGUUUGACAGUGCCAGGGAGCAGCGGAGUGCCAGCGUGGGUCACUCCAGCACCGACCGGGAGUCCGUGGACGGCGUGGAGGGGCUGCCCCCACAGGACACCUGCCCUCCAAAGAGCAUGGACGACUUCUCCUUCAUCGAUCAAACCUCAGUCCUUGACUCAAGUGCCCUCAAGACCCGUGUGCAGCUCAGCAAGAGAAGCCGCCGCCGGGCCCCCAUCUCCCACUCCUUCCGGCGCAGCCAGCUCGGCGAGUCGGAGAGCAGGUCCCCUUGGGAGGAGGAGGCCAACAGCAGGUGGAUGUUCAAGGACUCCACAGAAGAGAAAUCCCCCAGAAGGGAAGAGUCAGACGAAGAGGAGAAACCAUCCCGGGCUGAGAGGACACCCGUCAGCCAUCCGCAGAGGAUGCCUGUGUUUCCGGGCAUGGAUCCAGCAGUGCUGAAGGCUCAACUGCACAAGAGGCAAGAAAUGGACAGUCCCGGCGACACCCCCAGCUGGAACCCCCAGCCCAGGAGCCCCAAGUCCCCCUUCCAGCCUGGGGUGCUGGGCAAUCGCGUCCUGCCCUCCAGCGUGGAGAAAGACGAGAGGUCAGAAGAACCGUCUCCCCAGUGGCUAAAGGAGCUGAAAUCCAAGAAGAGGCAAAGCCUGUAUGAGAAUCAAGCUUGACAAGACAGGGAACCCUGCCCACGUCUAAAUAACAGAAGCCUUAACUGACAGAGCCCGAAGACGAGGCCACGCCGCUGUUCCUUCUCGCGCAGUGCUUGUCUGCCUGGGGCCCCCCAUCUGCUGGGGGACGUGCUGUCCUGUGCCCCCCACCCCUCACAGGUUCUCCCUGGAUCAGGAGAGGAAGGCCGCCUUCCACAAGCACUUGCACUCCCCCCGGACAGCACUUCAGAGAGAAGCCAGGAUUCCAGAAUGUCCCUGCCACUGGUUUUAUAUCUGACGUAAAGAAUCUGCAUUUCUACCCAUCGUAAACAUCAGCAGCAGCUCCGGGAAAAUCGGCAUGAGACUGAUCUGUCUCUCUGGGUUCCGAAAAAAAACCUGAAUGGGGAACGCACCUCUUUCCCCACACCCCAGGGCAGGUCUCUCUUGAAAGGCCAUUUCCGAGGAAGGUUAAACCAUUCGUGUCCUGCCCUAACCAUGUCCAAGGCAGCACCACGGCUUGGUUUUUUUGAUUGCCCUUUUUUUUUUUUUUUUUUUUUUUUUUGGCAAAUUCCUUCCUCCCCCUCGAAGAAUCAGCAGUUCCAAUUUUUUAAACAUCCCGUCUUCAUUCUUCUAAGUAUACUUAUCCUUCUGGUGGGGCUGUUGGCAUAGUUGACCUGUUUUGUUGCAACUCAUUUUUGUUUGCUUUAGAAGGUGAUAAAGCAAUAAUUCAGCCAAUUUCCUUUGAAACUUGAUAUGUUUAUGUUUCUGUGUUCACAGACAGGAGGGGAGAAGUAUGAAUAGUUUGUUUUGAAGUAUCCAAUCACCUCAGAUUACCUGAUCCCUCUCCAAGCUUUUUCCAGAGGGUUCAUCUGUCACCCUUGUAUAUAUUUCCCUGGUUUCUUUUCGUUUGAGCUCUGGUUUCUGUGAGGUGACCUUUGCCCCUUGACCUCAUCGGUUGACGAACUGCAGACCAAAUGGUGGUGCCUUUGCCACUCAACACCGGAGCUGCCCAGACACUCUCUCUCUCUUCCUCCAGGGUCUUUUUUAAAACACCCACCCGGGCUGCAGGCAUGGAGGAACCGCUGCAAAUUGGCCUCAGAACAAAUGCAUGAGUGAAGGGUACUUUUUCUUCUCUCCUCUUUCUUCUACUCCCGCAACUCCACCCAACCAAGUGCUUUUGGGGGUCCAGAUUCAGGUAUGAAGGAAUUUCCAGCCAGGGACUCUAGACAGAAGUGCUGGGUGCUAGAUGAUGAAGGGUAAAACUUGCCUUUGCCUUUUUUUUUUUUUUUUUACCCCCUUGUGAGCUAUAAACUCAUUCCUAGGACUCAAAGACCUUCUGUGGUUCCAGGCACUCCCUCGCUGUCCUUCUUUUCGGAAAUCCUUCUUUUGGGAUUUCCCUUCUUUUGGGAAAUCCUCAACACCAGCCUUCUCCACCUCUGACACCCAAGGCUCCAGCAGACACCCUGGGCGUGCCUGGCUGGCACCUGUCGUGCCUGUGGUUUGCAGUAAAGUCUGUGUCAGCCUUGCCUGGGUGAGAAAGAUGCCUCGGAAAUUCAUAGGGCAGCUCAUACUUGCUGAGGGACCCCGGGAUGAGUUUCCUAAUGGACACAGGCACAGCACUGGCUAGAUGGGAUACUCCCCUCCACCCCCUAACUUCCCACAGGGGAAACUUCUUUCUUGAUAAAUUCCAUUAUUUGCAAGUGGUGUCAAAACAUGGCUGUCUUCUCCCUGGUCACUUCUCCAGGAGUCUUCAUUUGUCUUCCUAUCCUCCCACCCCCUUAUCUCCCCUCACCACAUCUUCCCUCCCUUGCAGUUGGGGUGAGGGUCGGUAGCAAUCCCAGUUUCUCCAAGUAAGACCCGUGCCUGGGCGCGAUUGUGGUGCAGCACCACGGACAGCGGCUGCCAUGUCCUUCCCGUAGGAACCUAUCAUCUGCUCAGCUUUUGCAGCUGGAUGCGUCAUGCAUCUGUGUUUGGAGAUUUAGCCCCGCUUGAUAAUAGUUUGCAUUCUGUUCGUUCCCUAUGUUAGUAAUCAGUAAGUUCUCUGUGCCAUUGGAGUUUUAAUUCCUCCCAAAACUGCUCUAGUUGAUUUAUUUUUUUAAAAUUCCAGUUGAUAUUUUAUAACAGUUUUGAUGUGGUGGCUUUCCAGGUCAACAAGACCCCUUUUAAAGACACUUUACUAGUAUUUCAACACUGAAUUCUCUUCUUGGCUGCUUCUUUCUUUCCUUUGGGUGGUAAGUGAUCUGUUCUUGACUCCUUGGUACCAUAUUAGGCUGUGGGAAAUUACCAGCUCUGCUUGGUGAAUGCAUCGAUACUCACCAUGCAAACUCAAUUCUUAGUUAUGUUUUAGCCCAAGCGUACCUGACAGGAGAGGAUGCACUUGAAAAUGAAAUUAACUAACCACUCACACCUUGACUGGAAAUUAAACUCCAUUUAAUUCCCUUGAAACUGACUGGGGCAGGCCCUGUAGGUCCUCUUCCCCUUCUAUCCUUUUUUGCAAUGUCAUCUCCUCCAGCACCGCAGAUGAAUCACAGUGGGCUAGAAGUGACCCUCUUGGUGCUCUGCAUGACCGCUGAAUCCCUCUCAUGAUAAGUGCAAUGACGUGAGAAGUGACUGAUACCAGGGAGACUUUGCUGGGCAAAUGGGUUACCUAUUUCUCCUUUUCCUAAACUGGGCGAGUUCUUUGGGACUAAGCAAGAUAUCGUGUGCUAAUUUCUUAAGUAUGCCUGGAGCUCUCUUUGGAAAUCUGUCUCCUCCUAAACUAACUUAAUACGCCUUAAUCGUUUGUGUGCAAUCAUAAGUCACCUGUCCCCCACCCCUCACCCCAACUCUCCUUCCCUGGGCCUUUGUCUCUUUAAAUGAGAGUCUUUGACGGAAUGCAAACUCCCAUCCAUGUUAUCUAUCUAUCUAUCUGUCUAUCUGUCUGUCUAUCUAUCUAUCUAUCUAUCUAUCUAUCUAUCUCUAUCUCUAUCUCUCUAUCUCUCUCAUUCCCUCCUCUUUACCAUCAGUGUUUUGACAGCUGGUCUUUUCAUAAGUCUGUUUCAUUUUCCCCUCCAGUAAAUACCCUUCUUCACAGCCUCUUCCCCAAUGAAACAGAGUCCUUUGGCCUGUGAAAUUCCGUGGCAAGGUCUUGAAAAUCAUUGUUGUGGAGAAUUACUCAGUGCUGCCAGAUAAGUCCUGUUGAGGGAAGUCACGGUGUCUGGAAUGUUGGGAAUUGCAAGUGAAGCUGAUCCAACAGCCUCGGGUUGUCUAGGAUUCAGGGAAAGGACAGUCAGCUGGAGGUAUUUUCCAAGGGGGACAAGUUGAGUCACAUGCUUUCAGACAACUCUUUUUCUUUGUGCCUCCCAGGAUGUGAGGCAGGCUUGGGUCUGGCUAAGGAGGGGAACUACAAAGGGGCUUGAGCCUGAGGCAUGAAACCUGAGACCCUGGGUGAGAGCUUUGAAAAGCCCUUUGUGUGAAUUCGCCAAAGGAGACCUCAGCUUCCCCCACCGGGCGCUGAUAGCUGCCUUUCAGGUUUGCACAUCCACAUUUUUCAUUGCUCUGGGAAUUAGGCAUAAUUUCAAAGCUAAAACCCCGCAAGUGUGCCAUCUGAUCACCUCCAAAAUGUAACGCUUGCUGAAAGGUGGAUCGGGCCUUCGUGGAAGGCAGCCAGCCUCUCCCUCACCACUUUCCAUGUGUCCCCCUCUGUCCUUGUGGUCCCACCCACAGGACCCUGUCCCUUCACACGGGAAGCCGGAACUACUGUUGCCUUCAUGUGAAUUGGAACGUCAGGGUGAGCUUUGAGAGAAAUGGCGGAUGUGGGAGAAAGGCUCUAACCACUGGCAAAUGAUCCCCCUCCCCAAAUUUAAAUGUUUACUCCGUGGUAGGUCACGACAGUGAUGGAGAAACAUCCUAUGGCCUCUGAAUGUGCCUUCUCCCCAACUCCCCCCUGAUUCCACCAUGUGCUAAAACCAAGUCCCGUGGUAUCGGGAUUCCGUAGGUUAGGAAGGACAGUGUUGAGGUGGAGGGAGCCAGGUGAAGCAGGUAAGACCCACUCUGCACCUGUACGGGAGACCACCUUGGGCUCCAUCUGCUUAGGGCAUGGUGGAGCCGAGCUCUGCGCCCGGAAGCUGCCGAGAGUCACCCCAUUGGCCUUCCGGCUCUGGUCGCACAGAGCCACCGAGAGAAAGCAAGUCGACAUCGUCACGCUGGGUCUCAGCCAGGCUGCAUCUCUUUUUCCCCCAUUACCCCUCUAGACUUUCCUGUCUUUCUUCUGGGUCGGUCUCUGCCAGGGAGUAGGGGAAAGAGGGGCAGAAAUCCGGGCUCUCUGCUGGGGAAAGUCAGCCUGAGGGGUCUGGCAAGUUAACCCUCGAAACAGACACCUCUCAGCCUCCCCCCCACCCCGGCCCUCCCAGAACCCCCAUCUCACAAAGCAAACUUCACACCUGGUGCCGGGACACUUUUUCCCAUGACUCGGACUGGAACUUUCUUGACAAUCCCUGCCAGCCCCUGGUAGCAUCUUGCCCACUGACGAUUCUGCCGUCUAAAGAAGAAUGAGCUUUUUAAUGAUCUCACUCCACAUAGCCUUAGAGAUCCUGUACAUAGGGGACUCACAAAAGUAAUAUAUUGUGUUACGGGAGAUAAUUUUGUACUAUGUUGUUUCCUAAAUCAGACCAAUAUCCUAGAAGUCACAUACUUCCCAAGAUGAUUGUGAUCCUGAAAAUGCUUUGUAAGAUGGGAAAUAUAUAUAUAAAAGAGAGUAUAUAUUUUCCUAACUUUCCUUCUGGGUUCCUUUCUCAGCUAUCUGAGUCAGGAUAGAAAGGGAAUUUGAAUUCUAUGCGUAAGAAAGCUAAGCCUCCUACCUGCCGGUGUUCUUGCAAUUGCCUUAUGAACUCCUGAGCUCUCAGAGUUCCAAACGGAAGGCGGACAAGAGGCACUUUAUCCAACCCCACAAAGAAUCUCUAACCGUGUGACUGAGGAUUCAUCUAUAAAAUCCUAUAUUUUUCACGUUAAAAAGAAAGGGGGCUUCCUGGACCUCACGGAGUAUUGGAUGUCUACAAGUGCUUUUAUAUUUUAUAACUGUAAAGAGGUUUCAUAUGCACAGAGGAACAAUUGGAAAGCUGGUCGACUGCAAGAAAACAAGGUGACCUUUGCAUGAACAAAUGUUUGCAUUCAGGCUAUGAAAAUAGCAAAUAAAGCUUUGAUGCAAAUUGCACCGGA